AUAUCACCAUCCCAGGUCAUGAGGGAGAUGCUGUUGAUGUUCUUUCCUGGUGUCUGGAGGCAGUCAAGGUCUGGAUGGGAGAGAACAGACUGAAGCUGAACCCAAUGCUGCAAGGUGUGGACUGAGAACAGCAGAAUGUCCUUCAAAGAGUUUCAGAAUGAACUCAGUGCUAUUGGCUACAAGCUAUGGCUUAAGCUCCAGAGACUACCCAAAGCUGAACCGUUGGAGAUUGUCUGUUUUUUUAUUAUUAUCUUGUUCAUUGCUACAAUGCUUUCAAUGAUGAUCAUAGCUUGCAGCUUUUGCUGCAGCUGCUGUUACAGUGGAAGUCCAAAACAGAAGGGCAAAAGGAUUCAUGUUCAACCUGCAGUCCAUUAGUAAAGCUGAAUUUAAAAAAGAAUACAGAAGUUGGGGAAAGACUACAAAAGACUCCAAGAUGGCACACCAAUCCAUGGAAAAUAAUGGUGGAUGAGGAGGCAAAGCAAGAGAGAGAAAGAGACAGAGGGAAGAAGAGAUUAAACCUGAACAUAGGAUUCUGUUUUAUGACAUGGCUUUUGUAUGGCAAUGAUGAGAAUGCAGGAUUUGCAGUAUUUCUCUCUCCCCAACCUAUCAAGACAAUACAAUUUUAAAAAUCCCAUAGAACUCCAAGUAUAAAAUCUGGGCACAAAUAAAGAAGCAAGUUACACCACAUUUCAUUUCGGCAUUAUAGCUGAGGAAGCUCCAGAGAGACCAAGAUAUGUGCAAGCAUUCAGCAGAAUGAAGUCUAACAUGAGCACCAUUUCCCCUUGCUGCUCAACCAUUUAAGGCCAAGUUAACCAGAGCACAUGAUGUCUAAGCAAGUCAUUCAUUCAGAAAAUGAUGCAGGCUUGAAGCUGACAAAUGAGUUCAGAGGCAGCAAAGAAAAGCAGCAACAAAUUCUCUAUUCUUCUUUCCCUACUUAAUAAGAGAACAAACAACUGUCAAAGAGAGCACAUAUGCUACUUGCUGUAGCUGUUGUCUACCCAGGGAUGAAAGCUGAAGGGAUAUGAUAAUGCUCACAAUACUGUAUUGUUUCUUGUCUUAAAAAUGACUUUUUUUUUUUUAACGUUUUGGUGUUUUCUGUUUAAACUUUGCAUAUGACAAAUCCUUAAUUCAAAGAAAAGGGAACAAAAGAAUCAUUGGGCUUAAGAUUUAUAUAUGUCCUCUAUGAAUACUCCUAUGAAUAAUUUAUAGCUGUGGUAGGUUCAUGUUAUA